CACCCUACCCCCCCCCCCCCCACCAAAACCCCCUCCCCCCCAGCCGCGAAAGAAUGAAAAACGUAAGAAAGAAGACGUAAAUACAUUUUUUUACAUUUCUCAUCUUUGUUCGAUGUCUAUUGGCAGAUACUAAAUAGAAAUAAAAGACGAAACGAUUAGUGGCAUAAGAGAGUAUUUCAUGUGCUUCUUUGAUCCGUAGUACGUGUUCUCCGAAAGUGUAAGAUAAAGGAAUGAUAGUCUUUCACAAAAUGCGUUUACGAAAAUGAAUUUUACAAACUAGAGUAGAGCUCAUACCACCGCUAUUUGCGGGCGUAGAGGACCUAUUCUCUUAAAAGGUGGUUCAAAAAAGGGAGGAAGAGCGAUUCGAAGCUUUUCGUGAAACUAACUCAUUCUUUAUCUAAAAGGCCGUCAUCACCGUACUUUUAAAUUAGAAAAAGAAUGAGGUGUACUGUAGCUCAUUCUUUUUCAUGUCAUGACAAUUCUCGUCUUGCUCCGAAAAUUUUUCGAGAUUUUUUCAGCAUAGGAACUACUUAGUAGGAUCUAUAAUUUUGCCCAUACAAUUAUCCUCGGCACUUUUCAUUUUUCACCCUCAGUUUUCCAGAAAACCCGUUAAAACCUUACUUCAUGAAAAUUGAGCUAUUAUGACUAUAUAUUCUUGUUUAGCAUAAAGAAUUCAAUGUACUUCAACGUUUUCUGAGGCUUCUUUAUGUUUCCGUACCGCAGUUUUCUAAGAGGAUUUCUGGACAACUCAGGGUGAAAAAUGGAAAGUGCCGAGGAUAGUUGUAUGAGCAAAAUUAUAGAUCCUACUAAGUAGUUCCUAUGCUGAAAAAUCUCGAAAAAUUUUCGGAGCGUUUAAGAGAAAUCAAGGUCAAACUUCAGGAAUUUUUCAAGUAAAUUGAGUAUCACUCGAAUGUAAAGUUAAAUCAAGACCGAACUCCUUCACCAUUAGAAUCAACUUGUUAACUUUGUUUGAUGUAUAAUUAUGCAAUGUUUCGUUCAUUUUCACCGACUUUGGUUUCACUCUCACCAAAAACUUGAUGUGUCUAGAAAACUACUUUCCACACUUUUUUUCAGAAAAGCGUAAGCGAGACCUUUAGAUUAUUUUUGAUGCUCUACAGGAUGGACAAGGUGAAAUUUUCGCGGCAAGAUGCUCUGUAUAAAGUAGGCAGACCUGCGCAGAGGGACCGAUCUUACAUGAGAGAUUUGUGAAUGAAGAAAUGGAUUUAGUGAACAAGAGGUUAAAGUCAAAGCAAUGCCAUUUAUUUUAGCUAGUGACGAACUGCGGGAAAUCGGAUUUCCUUUUCUGAAAAUACGAGUUUUUUCGUUUAGUCACUAAAACCGCAACAACAUCCACAUCAACAACCUCAACAUCAACAACUGCAACAACAACAACAACAUCAACUAGUGUGUUGUGAUUAGGCUUAUAAAAUGACUAAAGUUGUUUAUGGCUUUUCAUUUCAGCAUCGAGUAGUACAUCAACUACAAGUUCAACUAGUAGCACAAGUAUUUUUUUCUACGAAGAAAUCUUUUCGAUACAGUAAUACACAUCCAAAAUAAAUUUAAUUCAAUUUUUUAGCUCGCACAACUAGUACAUCAACAACAUCGAGUACAUCAUCUACAACUUCAACAAGUGUUUCAACGACGACCGCUACAACAGCUACAACAACCACUCCAAGCUGUGGUGUUGGAUUUUUCUCAGGCGCUAUUCUUUCGCUCAAUGUUGGAAAUGCUCCGUUUGGUGAUUAUACAAACUACACAUUCUCUUAUAUAGCGACCGGAACAACGACAACACUCCAGUUUAUAUUUCAUGGUGAUUUUAAAGGGUGGAGUGAAUAG